AUGAAUAUCCUGAGUACCUCAAUUCUGACAAUAGCAUUUGUCAUGGUGAGUGCCUACGAUGAUUCAUACGGACAUUCCCACGGGUUUUCCGGGCACAAGUUGAUAUCCCAGUCUGUUCAUCUCAAAGAAAUUCCCACGAAAGUCGUGAAAAUAACAAAAACCAUUGCCGUCAAGGUUCCUGUGCCGUAUCCUGUCAAGGUGCCCGUCCACGUUCCCGUGCCGGUACCAGUGAACCAUCCCUUCCCGAUCCCGGUUCCUCAGAUUGUGAAAGUUCCGGAGCAUGUGCCUUACGAAGUCUCCAAGCACGUCCCUGUGGAGCUGCCUCAGCAGGUACCACUGCUGCUGACUAAACCUCUUCCGUAUCCGCAGCCGUACCCUGUGCCUCACAGUGUCAAGAUUUCCCAACCACUGCCAUAUCCAGUACCUCAUAUCGUUCCCUUUCACACGCAUGAGGAAUCGAGUCACGGCGAGUUGAAUCAUGUCGAUGGGGAGUCGCAACAUGAGGCGUCCCAUUCUUAUCAGCGCAGUGCACCGCAUGAGGAGGAGGGAGAGGGGAAGAAGUUCGAUGCAUCGCAGCCCAUUGUUGUUCAGCCGCACGAGUGA